AUGGCACUUGCACCCGCGAUUGGUCUAGUUGCUUUAACAAAGGUUGUAGUCCAAGACUUACAGACCAUUUAUGAAAAUGCACAAUGCAAUCAGUAUAUUGCAAAAACAUUACUCGAUAGAACUAAGACUGCAGAAUAUUUCUUAGAUAUCUUGUCUAGAAAUGAAGAUCAUGAAUUUCUCACAAAGAUUAUAAUUCAAGAAAAGGUUGAUAUUUAUGAAAAGGUCGACAAUUAUGAAAAUAUACAAUGCAACAAAUAUACAUGUAAAAUGUCAUUUAAAAGUGAUAACAAUAAAGUGUCUAUUUCGGAAAGAAAUUUUUAUCUUGCCACUCAAAAAUUCAAAAAUACUUUGGAGCAGGUCAAAAAGUUUGCUAAAGAAGUGACACAAUUUAAAGGAAUUAAAAAAUAUUGGAAUGCUAGUAAUGUGAGAAAAAAAUUUGAUAGAUUGAUGAAAGAAUACGAUGGUUAUAUGAAUGAUUUGAACACUACAGUAACAAUAACAAACGCAGUCCAAAUUACGAUUGAUAUGAAGAAAAUUGAAAAAGAAUUUGAAAAAAUUGAUAAAUAUCUUGAAAGUAAUAAAAAGACUACUGACGAUAUAACUAUCCAAGAAAUAUCUUGUAUUCAAAACAUACAAAACCAAAAACUGGCGCUCAUUAAUUCAGAAGACUUAAUUGAUCCUCCCAUUAUAGAGAAAAAAUGUACUAGUGGUUCUGUUUUUAAAAAAUUAUACCGAAAAGAUACUGAAAUAAUUGAAGUAGCAUGCAAACCUACUAAAGGUCAUAAUGCAUUUCGUCAACUAAAAAUCUUAGCAAAACUAAGUUAUCUUCAAAAUAUUAUUCGUUUUUAUGGCAUUUUGGAUAUUAACAAUGAAGAUUUCAUCGUUUCUGAAUGGGCUGAAUAUGGAAGUUUGAAAGAUGUUUACACCACGUAUUAUAUUUCAUGGCUAAAAAAGGUUCAGAUUUUGCAGGACAUUUGUCGAGGACUUAUUUUCUUAAAAGAAGCAAAUAUAUUUCAUCAUGAUGUUAGAUGUGAAAAUGUGAUGAUUACUAAAAAUAUGGAAGCAAAACUCACGAAUUUUGAUUAUUCUCGUAUGAACGACGCUCCAACCAUAAAUAUGAUAGAGACAUCAGAUUGCAUUGUUAAUUGGAUGGCUCCAGAAAAAAUGGAUGCUAAAAUGAAACAAAACUACACGGUUAAUUGUGAAAUAUUCAGUUUUGGAAUGUUAAUAUGGGAGCUUUGCUAUGAAAAAAUUCCUUAUGAAAAGAUGAGCCCUGAAGAAAUAAUGAUACAUGUUUUGAGUGGCAAUCGAGAAACAUUAACGCUAGAAGUUUGCAAAUUUAAAAAUGAAGAUGAUAAAAAUAUUAUGUUAAGUUUAAUGGAAAUUAUUUCAAAAGCAUGGGAUAAAUUGCCAACUAAACGUAUAGAUUUUAUAGAGUUGUCCUUAUCGCUUAAAAAUUUGGCACCAGACCAUACAAUCCCUGAUGAUUGCUCGAGACUUAAACAAGAUAAUCCUAAGGAUUUAGAGAAAAUUGAAUACUCUAAUAUCAAUGGAAAUUCUUCAAUGCCAAAAUAUGAUGAUAAAAAUUACAAAUUAAUGGACUUAGUAAUGCAAGUUGAAGAAGGAAUAGAGCUUCAUAAUAAAGGUAAUUAUGAAGAUGCAUGGAGAUGUUUUGUAGAAAACGCCGAACUUAAUCAUCCACUCGCAAAGUAUUGGAAAGGUUUUUAUUUAUGGAAAGGUCAUCAUGUUUCAAAAGAUCUAGCACAAGCUAUUGCUCUUUUUAAAGAAGCUGCUGAUGAUGGUAUUGUACCUGCACAGUAUCGUUAUGCAUGCGCUUUGCAGUUAAAUGAAGAAAUUGAUUUAGAAACAAGGGAAGAAUAUAUUAAUUAUCUAAAGCUUUCAGCUAAUAAUGGACAUGAUGCAGCUCAGUAUAAACUUGGCGAUCAUUAUUUGUCUAUUGAUAAAGAAAUAGCAUUGAAGUAUUUAAAUCUUGCAGCUGCUCAAAAUAAUAAUAAUGCUAAAGAAAAACUAAAAAUUUUACAGUAG